UUCAAAUCUGAAAACUCUUCAACUUCUAUGCAAGUGUUAGAGUAACUAAGAAUGAGUAUAUCAUCAUAUGUGUUAAUUCUCUCUCUCUCUCUGCUUUCUCAAGGUUUUCUACUCUCAGUUUCAAAAUCUCUGCAAAAUGUAGAAGAUGAAGAUAUGUUGCUAACCACAUUAAAUCUAGGAAAAACUCCUCGAAAUGGAGAUAGAACUGCAAACAGAGGAGAUAUACCUUUGCUGAAGUAUUAUAAGACUGAAGACAGUAGUGUUUUGGACAAAGAGGACGACAGAAAUAGGAAAGUUUGGGACACAGGUUCCAGACAUGAUUCCUUAAAUCAUAUUACGGCAAUAAACUUAGGUAGGAAGCAACUACCUUAUCUUGCACUGAAGGGAGCCAUGGCUUUUCCAGCUGACACUGAAAUUCAAAAUAUUGAAUCAAUACAAGAAAGGGAUACUGCAGCUGGAGAAAAUUCACCUAAAUUCCCCAUAGGAAGGAGAGAUUUUGACUGUAAGUAUAUCUUUAUUUCACACACAAAAAAAAAAUACUCAAUUUUGUUAAACUACAAAGCCAAAAUGUGCACAGGGGAGGAAGAAUUUAUUAACAUUUCCAGAGACCAUAAAUGA